AUGUCAGCCAGCCUUGUCGUUGUGCUCCUGGUCCUCCUGACCAUCACUGAGGGUGAGUUUAUAUUAUUACCUACAUCACUCUGACUCAAUGCAUUGACACCAAUGGACAUGAAUAUAAUGGUUAUGAGCAGUAGGAUUACUAUUUACCUUUAUAUACCGUACUGUAUCCUGUAUCUUAUUAUACAUACAAAUCAGUCUGUCUAUCUGCAUCUCUCUCUCUCUAAUAUAUGUAAUAUAUAUAUACUGUAUAUAUGCCAUUUAGCACACGCUUUUAUCCAAAGCAACUUACAGUCAUGCGUGGAUGACUCUCUCUCUCUCUUUCCCUCUCUCUAACUAAUCAAGUGUGUUUGUCAUCACGGUGGAUGCCUGUGUAUUCUUUCUACCCCUGACCCAUGACCUCUUCCUCUAACAGGGAUGAGUCUGAGAGGCGUGGGGGCUGACCUGCGAUGUCGCUGCAUCGAGACGGAGAGCAGACGUAUUGGUAGACUCAUUAAGAAGGUGGAGAUGUUCCCUCCCAGCUCGCACUGCAGAGACACUGAGAUCAUGUGAGUCCUGCUGCUUCCUGGUUAGAGUCCUAUUACACUGGCAAAUGCUUACUGUACAAUAUGGCUAAUAUAUGAUGUUGACAUUAAAUGUGGUUACUAUAGAACGUUAACUUAAAAAUAUAUAACUUAAAUUAAUCAGUCCUACUCCCUACCCUCCCAUUUCACUAGCUAAUGCUGACACUAAAAUGUAGUUAUUACCAGGUUUCGUGAUUGUCUGACUGUGCUGUGUGUCUGUCCUGCAGUGCCACUCUGAGCAAGAGCGGUCAGGAGAUUUGUCUGGAUGUCAGCGCUCCUUGGGUCAAGAGGGUCAUUGAGAAGAUGCUGGCCAAGUAA